AUGCGAACAUUGGAAUGGGAUAAUAUGGGAGUGAAAAUCGAUGGUCGGCAGUUGCACCAUAUUCGCUUUGUUGAUGUCAUCGUCCUUAUAACACCAAACAUUGAGCAAGCGAAACGUAUGCUUGCCGACUUUGAUAAGGCUUGCGGAAAGAUUGUUCUUCGACAAAAUCUCACAAAAACGAUGUUCAUGAAGAACGGAUUGGUUUCGUAUGCACCAUUCACGCUUAACGGGACGGAUAUCUCCGAAUGA